AUGUCUGAAUAUUUUGGUAAGACCAUUUCUCUGAUUUCUGUUACUGACAACAGAUACGUAGGUUUACUAGACAACAUCGAUUCUGAUAAGGGGACUGUUACUCUAACAAAUGUUCGUUGCUUUGGUACCGAAGGUCGUAAAAAUUGGGGUCCUGAAGAGAUAUAUCCAAGUACUACGGUGUAUAAGACUGUUCAAUUCAAUGGUAAUGAUGUCAAAGAUUUAAGUAUCCUUGAAGUUGGGUUGGAUGAGGUUCAGCCAGUACUUCGUCCAGAUAAUGGUACUGUGCCAGCUCAGCAAGCAAACCCUGAACAGCAGCAAUCUCAACAGGCAACAGGUAGUAUCCCCAAAGAAGACUUACCUGCAGCUGUUGCAGAUUAUGGUGUAUAUGCUCCAACUGAAGGUGCAAAUACUGUUGGUCUUUCUUCGGAAACUACCGAUGUUACGAAUGAUUCACAAAGACAAAGAGAGUCACGCCCAAAUAAGUCUAACUACAAUAAUCAUCACAGACAACAGCAACAACAGCAACAGCAGCAGCGUCCAGAUCCUUCCAGAAAGAUCGAAAUUCCUAACGAUGAUUUUGAUUUUACAUCGAAUAAUGCGAAGUUUGCGAAAGAAGCUCCAGAAGGACAUAUAAUAGAUGAAUUAGAGGAAGUAGAAAAGGCUAAUAGGGAUGAACCACAUCCAGAUGGUUUCUACAACAAAAAAUCAUCCUUUUUCGACUCUAUUUCUACAUCUGCGGAGACCAACACAAAUAUGAGAUGGCAAGAAGAAAAGGCCUUGAAUAUGGACACAUUCGGGGAAUCUUCUGCAAGACCAAGAUUUAACAAUAGAAGAGGUAAUUUUAGAGGUAGAGGAAGAGGAAGAGGUGGUAGCAGAGGUGGUAGCAGAGGUGGUAACAGAGGUGGUAACAGAAAUUACAAUAAUAAUAAUAAUAAUAAUUACGGAAACAACGAUUCUGGAAAUUUUCAAUCUGGGUUUACUAGUAAUAACCACGUCGAAUUUUAA